AUGGAUACUAUUACGAAUUUACCGUCCAACCCAGCAUCUAAUAGCGUAAAACAACACAGUGAUACGUCAUCAGUGUCAUACUAUGACAUUGCCAGUAAAUUAUUAAGUGAAAAAUUGUUACUAACCGCCCUAGAGCUUCACGCUGAAUUAUCCGAGUCUGGAAAGGAACUACCGCUUCUCCGUGACUAUUUUUCCAACCCCAAUAAUUUUGACUGCUCGACUAAAAAUGAAUCUUUUGUAUCCAUAGCAAGAUCCUCCAGCCAGGCGACCUUGGACUCUCUGGACAUGACAAGGUACUCUGAAGACGACGGCGGGGUGGACGAGCGAGUCGCUGUUCUGGAGUUCGAGCUCCGAAAAGCCAGAGAAAAUAUAUCAGCGCUUCGGGCAAAUCUCACGGUAGUUACCGAAUCAGCCAGCACCUCUCCGGAUAAAAAAACCAGUAAGGACUUGAGCGAUAAGAAUUAUUCAAUAAAACCUCACGAGCAGCGCGCACUUAAUUACCUCGUUUAUGAAUAUUUGUUAACGCAGUGUUAUAAGUUGACCUCUAUAACGUUUAGCGACGAAAAUGAGAACCAGGAUUUCGAGGAUUGGGACGACGUUGGCCUUAAUAUACCCAAGCCUCCAAAUUUGUUGGUAAUUUACAGGGAAUUUUUGAGCAAAACUGGUUUGGAUAAGUCUUUUGUUGACGUUUCCACGCAAACUGAUUUUAUCGAAGAAGAAGAAGAAGUAAUUAAUGAAGAAAUUAAUAGCGAAGAAAUAAAUGAAAAUGAAACGAAAGAUUUAAAUGUCUCGGAAGAAUUUGAGUUUGUUAAAAAUCAGGAAGAUAAAAAAGAUGAAGAAAUUAUUGACAAAAAUAACAGCAAUCAAGGUAAUGAAAAUAAUUGUAAUAAUGAUAAUAAAAUUUCCAGUGUAGCUUCAACCUCGACGACACCCGAGAAAUUAGACGCGCUGGAGUCAGUUCUCCAGGAAACGCUGAGUGGUAGCCAGGUGGAUGAUGACAGCAUUAGCAUAUCAGCAGUGAUGAGUCUGGAGGACACAGACCCAGGAGAUAAAGACUGGACGAAAGUUCAGCUGUCAAGGCUAGAUAUCCCGGAGUCUUCUUCAGUAUUUAUAAAUCUUCCCAAUAGAUUCAUUCCAGAGCGUUUCAAGGAAUACAUUUUGACGUACUCGAUAACCACAACAUCCACGGGAGUGCAAAUGGUCGACGAGCUGAUAAAAAGCAACUCCUCGGAGUCGCUGAUAAAUCUUCUGGCGAAAAGCUUGCUGGUAGUUAGCCCGAAUGUUAUAUCUGCGAAACGUGAAGAAGUUAUUCCGCUGCUUCUGAAGACUAUUCGGGUGUUGCCGAAGAAUAACGAUCGGGAUAAGCUGCUGCAGCUGCUGUUCAAUUUGAAGAAGAAACCCCAGCAGGAAGAAAGAAGAGUCUUGCUGAAGGCAAUGAUCACGGCGAUUAAAAUCGACGGGGUCCCACCGGAGCCAGAGGAGCUGAUAACUCUCUGUUGGGAGCAGAGUCAACACAAGUACCCGGAGAGACGUUUACUGGCGGUCGAGUGCUGCUCAGCAUUGGCUCCUUACACUUCUAACGCGGUACGUAAUUCGCUGAUAAUAUCAAUGCUUCAGCAGAUGCUGCUUGAUGAUAAAGAACCCGUUGUACGCGCAGCGGUCAUUCGCAGCCUGGCUUUACUGGUUGCUCUCACUGAUGACCCUGAUAAGUAUUUUCAAUUUGAGGAGCUGACGCUCACUGCACUAGGUGAUGAAUCUACCCAAGUAUUCCAGGCAGCUUCUUCUUUGCUACUACCCACCUUAGCUCAGUGGGCGUUGUCUCUGAAAAGAAUACUGUCGCAUCUUAUGUCCAGAAUACUUUCAAGGUUGAAAAAUAAUUUUAUCAAAGCUGACAAAUCUAACAUUAAAUACUCGCAAAGUAAGGAUGGUAGGAAUGAUGAUAAAAUUAUACGGUUAAUUGAUACUCUUAAAAUAUUACUACCACACAUGAUUGUUUUUAUGGCGGACACGGAUAUUGUCAGGACUUUAGUCAACGAAGAAACACCCUCUGAAGUCCCGGAUAAAAUUCUGAGGCUAUGUCCUUCAGCAAUUAUGGAACCAUUGGCUUUUGCAGAAAGUUUGGACAUUGGUAAAAUAUUGAAUGUUUUUCUGACAAAUAAUUGGGAAGAUAUGUGGCCGGAAUUCGAGUGGCUGACGAUAAAAUUAAUUCCCGAUAUUUUGGAGAUGCUGAGGUUGAUAGAUGUCACCCAAGAAAAUGUCCUGAAUAAUUUAUUGAUGUACAUACAUUCUCUGUGCAAUGGUUUAGGACGCCAAAUUAUCGAAUUGAGGAUCAAGAAAUUUUUCCAAGACGAAGUGAUGGCCUGCGAGCAGAAAUUAAUGUCUUCUGAUCGCUCACCGAUAAGUAUGGCAUUUAUUCCGGCUUAUUUAAUUAUUUUGUCGACUUUAGAUUUUCAGGAAGUAACUAAAAUACUUAAACAUUUCAUCGUUAAUUUUUCAAUAAACGGAUUUGAAGUUGAUAGUCUGGCAAUAGCUGUUAAAUUACUGUGCAAGCAGCCGGAUGUCGUUGAGGAAGUUGUCAGUGCUCUUUGGGAUGGAGUUGUUCACCAGAAGAAUGUCGUAAGAUGUGUAACGUCUAAAUUGUUUGGGAAUAUUAUCGCCACUGUCGACGAGAAGCUCGUUAUAUCCCGGGUCGCUCCAGCGAUAGUGACUCUUGCGAGUGAUGGCGACAUAACUGUAAAAGCAGCAGCUGUUUCAGCUCUUGGGAAACUUAUUACUGAUUGCGCGGCAAAUCAAGUGAGAGACAAAGGCCGGUUGACUUUGGAGUCGAUUGUUAAAGAUCCUCAAGGAGUUUCCCAAACUUUAACGAUACCUUUGAUAACUACACUCACUUGUAUAGCUCCAAAUUGCUCUCAACAUUACAUUGAGGAUGUUAUUGCCCCACACUUGGCCGGAAUAACGGCUUCUGCAUCUCAACAAGCGCAUAAGAUCGAGUUAACAACUGCGUUACUUGAUGCAUACUCGGUUCUAGUGUACAGUUCUCUCAGCGAUCGGUGUACCAUGAGUGUUUUAUUGCCGGGCUUGAAGUACUUAGAAACUUUAACUAAUCAAUUGUUACCGCACCAGAGAGAUAGCGUUAAGUCUCUAAUCAGAGAAGCUGAGUCACGACACAAUACAGCGAAAAAUAAUGAAAAGAUGACAUUUCCCAGCUCACCACUAUCAUUACCGCUCACUUCUACCAAUGUGGGCCAAGGUGUUGAAGACAUGAGACAGAGGAUGUCGAAAAUGUUUAGUCCAAAGCCGACCUCCCCGGGUAUUACUAACAUAUUCCGUAAGAAAUGA